AUGGCAGACCUCCGCGCGUCCAAACACGAAACGGUGACGUGUGAGCGAGUCGUGCGGAUUGUGACUCAGGCGGAGAACGCGGCAGCAGCGGCGCAAGCGCCGCAUGUGACGCAGUGCAGCGCUCGAGCGGAAAACGCGCCGGUGUUCGAAUCGAGUCAGCCGCAGGCGGUACAGCCUGCCGGCUUGGUACGUGCGCCGGAUUGCGCGCUAGCGGAGGACGCAGGGGAGCACGCGCACUCGGCGGAGGAGCUGGGGGAGCGCGCCCAACUGGCGGAGGGGCAGUUAGACCUGGCGGAACUGCAGGCGCGGGUGGUGGGGUCGCAGCUGCAGUUGCUGCGCGGAAUGCUGGCGGAGCGGGAGGAGCAGGUCCGCGCGGUGAUGGCGGAACUGGCGGGCAUGCGCGCACGGGUGGUCCGCGCGCGCAACGUGGCCGAGCAAUCCCCGCGCGGGAUUUGCAGGAGCCGUAGCGCCGCGCAGGGCAGGUGCGCAGGCGGGAGCGCCGCGGACGCGGAAGAAACGACCGGCGCAGGGAAAACGGGGUUCGCCGCGGGAGGAUCGCUGUGCGGGCGGAAAGAGGCAGCAGGGAAUGCGGGAAUUGCGGGAAAUCGCGAAAAUCAGGGAACGCGUAACUGCUACACGGGUAGGGCCUCAUUCUCGGUUCCGGCGAGUCUGAUGAGCAGCAGACGGGCAAGCACCGACAGACGGCCAGGGGAGGCGAGUCAGGCAUUGUCGGAAACUCAUGCCGCCGCGGCCGCCGCCAGCGCCGCCGCUGCUGUUGCCACCGGUGCUGGUGGCGGCGGUGAGGCUUCUGCUUGCGCAUCCGAGUGUUUGGAAGCCGCGGCGGAGUUGCAGCAAGUGGAGAUGUCUGUAGCGAGUACGGAGGCGUGGCUGUGGGAGGUAGAAGCAGCGGCGGCCGAGGCGCGAGACGUGUUCCUGCAAGCAGAGGAAGAGGCGGCGGCGGCGGCGGUGGGGGCGGCGGGGGCGGCGGGGGAAGGGGGAGCAGCAGCGGGAGGGGAGCAGGGCGGCAGGACGAUUCACUCAGGAGGGUUUCGACAUGAGCUUGCGCUUUCAGAAAAGGCUUUUACCGAGGAGCUCUAUAGGCGGUUGGCCCAGCUGCAGGCGGAUUUGAUCGAGGCGGGAGAGGGAGAGCGAGUGCUGCAGGGGAUCUUACAGGGGCUGGAGGGGUCGAAGGGGACUGUAGGGAAGCUGCUCUUAACGGGGAUGGAUGGGUGGGAUGGAUGGGGCGGAGGGGUUGGAGGGAGGGGAGGGUAUGCAGGGGAGGGAGGGGAUGGAAGGGGGGUAGUGGAGGAUUACGAGGAGGCGUUGAUUCUGCAGCAGGCACUGGAGUAUCUGAAGCAGCAGCAAAUGCCAGCUGUCGUCUGCUGA